AUGGCCCUGACGACGACCGAAUUCAAGCCCGUUCCAUUCUACGAUGAUAGGAAAUUGCUCACAGAUCCUCCUGCGGUUGCGGUCACGCCCUGCGACCCUUGGCCUCGGCCAUACUACCUUGAAAAUGGCCUGCGCCGGGUCGCUCCAUACCACUUCACAUACAACACGUUUUGCAAACAACGCUGGCGUGGGCGUGAAAUCCUCGACAUUUUCGCGGCCGAGUUUCGCGACCGCACCCGCGAAUACUACAAGCAGGCAAUAGAGACUGGCCGGAUUUCCAUCAAUGGCAAGCCUUGUAAUGAUGUCCACACCAUUGUCCAAAAUGGCGAUGUCAUUUCACAUACCCUGCACAGGCACGAGCCUCCAGUGACCGCGCAGCCCAUACGAGUCAUCCAUGAGACGGACGAGAUGAUUGUCAUAGACAAGCCUGCUGGUGUACCGGUUCAUCCCGCUGGGCGGUACAACUACAACUCCGUGGUUGAGAUUAUGAAGGCUGAGCGGCAUUUCUCCUUCAAACCUCUCCCGUGCAACAGAUUGGAUCGACUCACAAGCGGUGUCAUGUUCAUCGGGAAGACGAGCAAGGAGGCGGAGAUGAUCAGUGAGAAAUUACGAGGUCGGACCAUGCGAAAGGAAUACGUUGCCAGAGUCAAAGGACGAUUUCCCGACGGAGAAGAUUGGGAUGGGGACCCUAUGCGUGGUGGUAUUGUGAACUGCGAGGAGGCCAUCCUACAGAUCAGUCCGAUUGUCGGUCUGAACCGUGCGCGAGCAAGCGGGAAGUCGGCGAAGACGCUGUUCAGACGGCUAGCAUAUUAUCCCACGAAUUCGAAACAACCGACGCUCUCAAAUUCGAAUAUUGAACAGUCGAAUGGACACGAAGCAGCACAGCCUGCAGCGGCAGUACCUGGAACGGAAUCAGAUGGAUACAGCAUCGUUCACUGCCUUCCCUUGACCGGACGUACCCAUCAAAUCCGAGUACAUCUACAAUUCCUGGGGCAUCCGAUCACAAACGAUCCGAUCUACAGCAAUAGAGCUGUAUUUGGUCCUAACCUUGCGAAGAACGAGUCAACAGGCGAGAACGACGAGGAGAUAGUAGCGAAGUUGAAGCGUAUAGGGAAGACCGAGGUUGCCAGCUCACUAUCUUAUGAGCAAGAGCAACUAGCGAAACUAGUAGACCAGACGCAGCAGAUGACUGUCUCGGAAGCUGUCAAGCUGAGCGAGGCGUCGCAGUCACCCACUCCAACAGUGUCAGACCCAUACUUCAAACCACUGCCCACUGGCACCCUGCACGCGGGAUCGCUUCCUACAACCAAUGGCGGCGAUCCCGACGCAGAGUAUGGUGCAUUUGUCAAGGCGCACGACGAAAUGGUAGCCGACUACAACAAGCGCAAAGGGGAGAAAAUGACGGGCGAAAAAUGUUCAAUAUGCGACACCCCUUUGUACUCAGACCCAGGGCCGCAUGAGCUGGGGAUAUAUCUCCACGCACUGUCCUAUGCAGAUGUUGCUGAAGGAAGCUGGAGUUACCGGAGCCCUGUGCCGCGAUGGGCGCUACCACCUGAUGGUUGUGACGGACCCCACGACAUUGGAGCUUGGCAGUAUCGUGGCGAUGAAGUUCUCGAUAUUGGUGAUGAGGGGGAAGACGCGAAGGUGAAGGACCGCCUGGGGCUGAUGAAGAAUAAAGGGCAGGUCGAGUGA